AUGCCUUGUAUUUCGCUUAGAAAGGCGGUUACGUUUUUUGUUCUCUUUGCCGCUAUUUUUGAGAGUUCAUUAGCAUCCAUACUAGCAGUUGACUAUGGGUCGGACUGGAUCAAGGCUUCGCUCAUGAAGCCUGGUGUGCCCUUUGACGUGCUACUGAACAAGGACUCCAAGCGGAAGAUACAGUCCUCAGUAGCAUGGAAGAAAGACGAAAGAUUAUUUGGGUCUGACGCGGCGAACAUCGCGUCUCGUUUCCCUCAAGACUCAUUCUCAUCCCUAAAAUAUCUACAAGGCGCACCAUUCAACUCUGAUAUCGUCACCUAUUUCACCUCCAUAUCUACCGCUCAGAUUUCUGAGACCGACCGCAAAACCGUUGCACUGAAACAAAGUGACGGCACGGAAUGGAGUACGGAGGAGCUCAUCGCGAUGCAGCUAUCAUAUAUCAAGAAGCUUGCUGAGGAUUUAGCAGGCGAGUCGGUACACGAGGUUAUCCUCACCGUUCCACCAUACUUCUCUCAGCUCGAACGCGACUCGAUUACAGAUGCAAUAGAAAUUGCAGGACUGAGAACACUAGCAUUGGUCAAUGACGGCACGGCUGUAGCAGUCAACUACGCUAUGACGAGGACUUUUUCGACCACUCCCGAAUACCAUGUCAUUUACGACGCCGGCGCAUCCUCGACACGUGCCACCGUGGUUUCGUUCGCUGCGGCUGAGGAUCCCAAGACGAAGGUGUCAUACACGCAGAUCAAUGUUCUGGGGGUCGGGCAUGAUCGAAAUACGGGCGGGACAGAGCUAGAUCUGAGGUUGCGGGAUAUUCUGAUAGAUAGUUUUAUGUCAAAGCACCGCCGGGAUAUCCGAAAGGAUAGGCGCGCUAUGGCUAAACUUUGGAAGGAGGCUGGACGGGUCAAGGCUAUCCUCAGUGCCAACUCAGACGCGACAUCGACAGUGGAGAGUGUUGCAUUUGAUAUCGACUUCAAGACCAAGGUUACUCGCUCGGAAUUUGAGGACGCCUGUAAAGACCUUCAUUCGCGCUUUGCAAGACCCAUCUAUGAUGCACUUGCGAAUGCUGAGCUUUCAUUGGCAAAUAUCUCAUCCGUUAUUUUAACAGGCGGAAAUUCACGCACGCCCAUGGUCCAGACCGCUGUAAAAGCAGCUGUCGGCGAAGAUCGCAUUGCACUCAAUGUCAAUGCUGAUGAAUCCGCCGUGCUUGGCGCAGCGCUUUAUGGAGCUUCCCUCUCUCGUCAAUUCAAGACCAAGGACAUUCGUGUAACUGAUGUCUUAAUACAUGAUAUCCAGGCGUCGUACCUCGCGUCUAAUCCAGGCACGCGAACGAUUCACACGACAGUCUUACCUGCUGGGUCGAAGCAUGGUGCAAGAAAGACUCUAACGUUCAAGCGUAAAGAAGAUUUUUCUGUGAUACUGAACUAUCCCAAUGAAGUCAUGUCUGGUUUCCCCCGCGAGAUCCUCGAGGCAAAGAUUGUUGGCAUUCCCGAGGCCAUUGAUAAUCUUACUGAACGCGGCGCAGUCGAUCCAGUGAUCAAGGCUACCGUCGUACUUUCCGAAUCCGGCUUUGUGUCUGUCGGAGACGCCAUAGCCUACGGCGAGAUUAAAGACGAUUCCAUCACUGGGAAACUGAAAGGCCUAUUUGGAGGUGGGGGUGACCAGGUACCAUUAGAGAGUGAUGUUGAUGAAGAAGCCCCAAAGGACGAGAAGAUCGAGAAGGAUAAGAAAGAUAAAGCUAAGAAGCCGCUUGGGAAGGACCAAAAUACUAUUCCACUUGAGAUCGAAAUUGUGUACAAUUCCCAGGGCCCACUGAGUCUUGUGGCAAAACGGGCUGCACGUGAACGUCUCAGGGCAUUAGACAACAUGGAGAUGUCAAAGCAACUUCGGGAAGAAGCGCAUAAUACUCUCGAAGGAUACCUGUAUAAGCUACGGGAUCUUUUGGAUGAUGGUCCAGAAACGCCAUUCAUGAAAUGCUCUCAGUCAUCUGAAAGGCAAACACUUUCGAACAAACUCUCGGAGACCAUUGCAUGGCUACAUGACGAAGGAGACACCGCCGAUACAGUGCAGCUAUGGGAGAAGCGAUCGGUUCUCGAGACUCUGGAGAAACCAAUCGUACACCGCUACAAGGAGAUCGAGUCUUUCCCACAGGCACUGAAUAACUCACAAAAGUGGAAUUGGAGUACUAGAUUAUUUCUUACCCAAGCAAGGGAGAACAUCACGGCAGACGCCAUCGCAGGUGUUCCUUCGAAGUGGACGUCACAGGAGCUUGAUGCGCUCGAGAAAGCACUCAAAGACCAUGAAAGUUGGCUUCAUGAUGGCGUUGAGCGGCAAAAGAGGACAAAGAUGAAUGAAGACCCGGCGAUAGAAACUAAGGACAUGCAGCAGCGAGCCAAGACGUUGGAGCAGCACCUGCAAAGAUUGGUGAGGAGAAAGGUACCCAAAGUCAAAAAGACGUCCGCGAAGCCUGGUGACGCCGAUGGAUCAUCAUCUACUGAACCAACGCAGGCACCUGGAGACUCGGAUAGACAGCCAGGACAUGACGAAUUGUAG